CCUCUUCUCAUCACACAGCAUACUUUUCUCAUCUCUUCUUGUCCUCAAGGCUAUAACAACUCAAACAUCUGCCAUAGCUUCGCCCUUCACAGUACACACAAAGCGGAUGGUGUCACGUCAACAUGUCGAGUGCCUCAGACACGCCGGCAGAUCUUGACUGGGCUUUCCUUUUCAAGGGGAAAAGCUUUUCUAGUCCACGCACCAUCGACCUCAUAGGGGAUUAUGCGGGAGACGAGCUCUUCAUACUGGAGGGCGAUUCGCUUCUACGCCACUGCUUUUCCGACGAUUUGUUGGACUUUGACCUCGGAUUCCAGCUCCUCCAUGCCACUUACAUCGUUGAGAGAUUUCUCUCACAGCUGCAGCAAAGAAAAUGUCACUUUCACAUUGUCUUCUUCGCAGCUCAUUCAGAGGCAUGCAUCCCACAGCGCAGCAGCUCGGGUAACUGGUCGAAGUAUCGUCUAGCUCGCGAAGUCAUCGUGCAACAUCUGAUUCGCCACGUGCCAGCAAUUAUCCCAUCUAUGCACAUCCGCUGUUUUGAGACGUACGAUUGCACGGAGUUCCACGACUACCUUGUUGCCACCCAUGCCUACUUCAUCAUGUGUCAUGAUGGUGAAGAUCUGGAGACCCACCAGCAGCCUUGCGCCGAGAAAGCAGAAGAUUAUGAUGCCCUCUAUAUUUAUGAUGAGGAGAAGCAUAACCCUUCUGGAGCAGGCCGCGACGAUACUGCUGCAAAACUAGGACCCCAAGCCGGUGCGAAGAUUGAUAAGGCCGCUGUGAGCAACUCCGCCACGCUCCGACGUUUUAUCUAUUGGUCCCUGUCUUGCGGCUAUACAGUCUCGCUCAUCAAUAGUCUCGAGUUUCGGGAUACUAAGGUCAUUUCUACGAUCCUUGAGGGCUUCGGUAUGUCUAGGCAGCAGUCGUAUGGAGCUAGGGAUAUAGACUCGCAGACUAUUCGCGUGUCCCACUGCAAGAACAGUUCUUUUACCGGUCAACUAAGUGAGCGAGUCACGGAAAGUUUCAAGAGGAUCUACAAUAGUGUCCCACGUCCGAACCUAUCCCAGCGUGAAUGGGCCGUUAUAUUCACUCUCAGUGCUUUGGAAGAAACUGGCAAACAACGUGAGAAGGCUGGCAAAUACAUGGACGCUAUGUUGCUGCACACGGCAUUUCUGUCCGAGUGUCAACUGUGUGACCGCCCAUGUCAACCCAAUGCCUCUGGGCCUGGGGCGGAUUUCCUGAGACGGUACAACAAUAUGGCGCUUGCCGUCCUGCAGUCUCCCAUCUGGCAAGAAAUCAGUGCAGAUGAGAAUAUAGCCUGCGACUUAGUCGAUAUGAUUGACGGAAGGAUCUUUCUCGGGGCCCUGAACAGGGAUCAGAGCUCAUGGCCCGCAAUGCCGGCCAAUUCUAGAGUGGGGGAGAAAUAUAACCUCCUCGUAUCAACAAUCAACAGAAUCUGUGCUCGGGAACUUGUCAGGGGUAUCGUGACAGGAGACAGCGUCAUAUCGGCAGACCGCCAGUGCCAGGAGCACACGCAAGAAGCGACGCACUCCGGAUGCAAAAGUCACUCGAAUAUUUCAGGCUCUGUCAUGCCUUUCAGUAACCGCGUUUUGGACAAACACCUGGGACCCAUUUUUCUGGACAUUGAACCCUCCGCUGUGGGAAUUUCGAGUUCUGCGCUUUCGAAACCUUUCGCGGAGAGAACCCAUUGGCAUAAUGCCCGCCGUCCCUUGGACGUGAAGCAACCCGCCCCAACGCCUGAGAAGAUCCAACGUCGUCACCAGCGCUUGAUGACAGAUAUCAGGCAGUAUGCUCUUAGUCUCACAAAUGCGACCGGUAGCUUCUUGGAGCCUGAGGCGGUGUUUCGGGAAUCUAAGGGGGGUUCUGAUCGCAGACCUACUAGAAACCAAGAGAAUCCCCGUCGCGCCAUAGGACUCAAUCCUUCAUCCGAGUGUCGAGACAAGCAGAAGAUGUUCAUCGAGAAGCAAAUGGAAGUGUGGCAAAACCAACGCCGCUACUUCGAUAAGGAGUCAAGUCUUGCUCAGCGGUACUUGAACGCCAAGGCCUACCUCAAAGGAUUGCCAGAAGAGAAGCGAUAUUCUUUGGAGGCUGAAGUAUUGACAUACUUGAUAAGUACCCUGGUUCGUCUUUGGCGCAAGCGAUGCGUUGCCGGCAAGCAAAGCCAGUCAAUGCCUAUAGUCGCGCUCAUUUGGCAUACAAUUCUGCAGGUCGCCAAGGUGCGAGAGGGUGUCACUGAGGACAUCAUCCGUUGCAUCUCGAAAACGUCGAACGAGCUGGGACUCCCGGAAGUCGAACUGGUCCCUCAUAGCAAUCAAUCCCUUACAUUUGAGUUUGCGUUCCCAGGAGCCAAGACUGCGGGCUUAGGUAUAGGACUGUCAUUUCGCGAGUUCCAGCUUCUUCAUGCAGGACCUUUUCUCGAUCGCAACAUGGAGUCAGCCCCAGAUUCCCGAGUGAGGGGCUUUGCGCCUGAUAGAUGGCAACGAGAGAUUCUGGAUCAGAUAGAUGCUAAGGCGAGUCUUUUUGUGGUUGCUCCUACCAGUGCUGGGAAAACAUUCAUAUCAUUCUAUGCAAUCAAACAAGUUCUUCAAGAAAGUGAUGAUGGUGUCCUCGUGUAUGUGGCGCCCACCAAAGCCCUUGUCAAUCAAGUCGCUGCAGAGAUCGAGGCUCGAUUCACCAAGUCCUAUAAACACGCUGGAAAGUCUGUCUGGGCCAUUCACACUCGUGAUACUCGAGUCAACAACCCGACCAAGUGCCAGGUACUUAUCACAGUGCCACACAUUCUUCAAAUUAUGCUUCUUGCGCCAGGUAACGCAAAGUCAUGGUCCUCUCGCAUCAGGCGGAUCAUCUUCGAUGAGGUGCAUUGUAUCGGUCAAGCCGAGGACGGCGUGGUCUGGGAGCAGCUACUUCUUCUUGCACCAUGUCCUAUCGUCGCACUUUCUGCAACUGUUGGCAAUCCCAAAGAGUUCAGCAAUUGGCUGAGCCUGACACAACGGGCAAAUGGCUUCGAACUAAAAACAGUGGAGCACAAAGUUCGUUGGUCGGAUCUCAGGAAGUACAUCUAUCACCCACCAGCCCGGUUUAACUUUGAUGGCCUCCCGGAACCCGCAGUGCUUCCAACCCUCGGUCUAGAUGGAUGUUCUGACAUGCAAUAUAUACACCCCGUGACGACUUUGAUCGACCGUUCAAGAGGCAUACCAGACGAUCUUUCACUUGAGCCCCGCGACUGCUUGAAGCUCUGGCAAGCAAUGGUCAAAUGUCAGAAAAAGGAAUUUGCCCUUGAUGCCUCUCUAUCUCCAGCUAUGAUGCCAGAAAUCAUGACCAAAGCCGAUGUCCUCCCUUUCGAGGCUAGAUUGAAAGCAGUUCUUGCAUCAUGGAUGAGAGACCGCAAGUCGCCGUUUGACGCUGUGGUGCAAGAGCUAUCAGGGGACACUGCGAGCAAUAAGGAAACUGCUAGUCAUCCUUCAUCGUCCGCGAGCGAUUAUUGCUCGAAGUUGGCCGGCCUAGAAACCCUGCUGCAGACAACUCUACCGCUCAUUUGUGCCCUCUCCGAGCAAGGCGCCCUUCCGGCCCUGUUUUUCAACUAUGACCGGAGCUGGUGCGAGAAAAUCUGCCAUCACAUUUGUAGCGAGCUUCAAAAGGCCGAAAGAUCUUGGAAAGAGUCUGACGCAGAAUGGAAAAGCAAACUGGCCCGUUUUCAGGCAUGGAAAAAAUCCAGCUCGCCUCGUGCCAAAAAAGCCAGAAGCCACAAUGCCAACAAGAUGUCACGAGCAGACCGGCUCCGAGAAGCUGCUUUAGAGGAACCCGACUGGUAUGCGUCGUUCGACCCCGAAGAGCCGCUUGAUAGAUUCUCUCUCGCAAAUGGGAAGGCGCUAUCGAAAUCGGAGUUCGAAACUUGUGCUGCGGAGCUAAAGUUCUUUGAUGUACCUCAGACCUUCAUCAAUGCUUUGAGACGUGGAAUAGGGGUUCACCAUGCAGGUAUGAAUCGCAAGUAUCGCAAUGUGUGCGAGAUAUUGUUUCGGAAGGGGUUCCUGCGCGUCGUUAUAGCUACUGGCACGCUGGCUCUGGGUAUCAACAUGCCCUGCAAGACGGUCGUAUUUGCGGGUGACUCGGUAUUCCUCACAGCCCUCAACUUUCGACAGGCUGCGGGACGCGCGGGUCGCCGUGGCUUUGACUACUUAGGUAAUGUCGUCUUUCAGGGCAUCCCCGAUAUGAAAGUCCGUCGCCUCAUGAGUUCCAAGCUGCCCGACCUCAACGGACAUUUUCCCAUCACCACCAGUUUGGUACUUCGACUUUGCAUCCUACUUCAUGAAUCGGGCCAGGCUACUCUCGCAAAGAAAGUUGUUGAUUCGAUCCUGUCAAGUCCGCGCAUUUACCUUGGCGGGCCGGAGUCCAGACAGACAGUACUUCACCAUCUACGCUUCUCGAUUGAUUACCUCCGACGCAACCACCUCCUUGAUGAGACUGGUGUGCCCCUCAACUUUGCCGGCGCGGUUUCGCAUCUCUACUACACUGAGAACUCCAGUUUCGCUCUUCACUCUCUCCUCAAAGCAGGGUAUUUCCACCGCUUGAGCAAACACCUCAAGGAGAAUUCUGAGCGAACCCUCCGCACCCUAAUGAUAGUAAUGUCGCACCUAUUUGGCCGGCAGCCCCUCCAUCCCUCGGUGAUCAAGCGCCACUCCCAACGUCAGAAAAAGUCAACAUCAGUGGUCUUCCUUCCACCCCUCCCCCGUCCCGCUGAGCGGAUCCUGCGGCAUCACAAUCGCGAGACCCUGGGCAUCUACUCAACCUACGUCGCCACGUUCGUUAACCAGCAUCUCCACGACCUGGAUAACAUGCUUCCAUUGACCAAGCUGAAGCAAGGCGGCACGACUUCGAUCCUUGAAACGGCCGCCGGUGACAAGCGCGUAAGAACGGCAUUUAUGUGCCCCACCCAGGCUGUGAUCACAUCAGCCUUCGUCGCUCUCUCUUCUCCUGACCCGCCCCAAACCAUCGCCCAUCUCUGCAAGUCUGUGCGUCAGGGCGUGUGGCUCGAACAGUCCGUUAUCCCGCAUGUGCCGGUCGAGUCGGAUGGAGAGGCAGUUCCGCUGAACGCGUAUCUGUACGACUUCUUCAAGCAUGGCAAUAAAUCGGCGCUAGAGAAGGAGAACAUGAUUCGGCGGGGUGAUCUGUGGUUCCUGUUGAAUGGCUUCUCCUUGAUACUGGCGACGAUAGUCGCCAGUUUUGAAAAUUUUCUGAAGUCAGAUUCGAAGUCAUCGGUGCGAGAGCCGGCUGGUUUGGACGUGAUGGGGUGUGGGGAUGUGCUGGAGGAGGCGGAUGAGGUCGGCAGUAUGGACGACACUGUGCUGCCUGUUGGGGAGAAGAAUUUGGUGGUCAAGCAGGAGGCGAAUGAGAAAGGAGGCAAAUCUAUAUCCGCCGCUGAUCCAAAAGAAGAAGUGCCGGCUAGCUGGGAGGAUACGAUGGACGAUGAAUCUGAGAGCAACGCGGAUGCUGUUCCAGUUGCUAUUGAUGAAACAUUGCCCACCAACAACGACGAGCAGUCCCAAGAGGAAGCAUGCCAGCAAACGGACACCGUGUUCGACCAGGAAGGACUGCAGCGAGUUCUCGAGAUGUUUAAGCUCUUGCGGGUGGAGUUCGAUAACAAGUUUAAGAAAAUGUGGGCUUAGUGUACCGGGUUCCUUUUGUGGGUGGAUCUGUGUACUGCAAUGUGAAUGUUUGGAGAAUCUAUCGGGAGAAAUGCGUGCAAAGUACUUUACACAAGCGAUUCAAUGAAGACGAAAAGAUUGCGAAUGCUGUCAA